AUCUAUAUAUCUACGUCUUGAUAUUCAUUAUAACAGUAUUUUAGCAUUGACCUUCAAAGCUCUUCCUAUAUUUUAUCAGACUGACUAACAGAGAAAAAAACAGACUAACAGUGAAAUAAACAGACAAAAAGUGAAAUCAACAAACAGACAAAUAGACAGGCAAAUAGAGAAAUAAGCAGACAAAAAGAGAAAUAAACAGGGAAACUAACAGAUCGCAGAGAAAUAAGCAGAAAAACAGAGAAUUAAAUAGACAGCCGAAGGUCUGGGAUACAGGCUUACGAGAUGCAGUGUAUGCGGGACAGAGAAUUCAAUAUGAUGGAUAGCUUGAGUAGGAUGGACUUACAGGGUGUAUCUAUUUCUACAGACAACAAUCUGUUUACCUCCGCCCCACUACGUGUUCAAGGCGGACGAAUGGUUGGUGGUGGCGGAGGCUAUAAAAUCAAUGGGCAGCAGCUUCAGCUCCAGCUUGACCAGCUGGCUGGUGCUAUGACAGAUAUGAUGAUGGAUGAUGAUGAGAUGGAGGCUCCCGUGAACCAAGCUUACACACAGUAUAUUCAAGAGAGAACUGAAGUAGAAAACCCAUUUUCCCAGGACACUAAACGAAGUGACCCAGUUUAUUUAUCAAGUAUGGCAGCACACACAGCUGUUCCUAACAGCAAUUCACAACAGCUUCUGGAGCAGCAGAUUCAACAACAGCAGCUCCAGCAACAGCAUGAGGAGCAGCAAAAAUAUUUCCUGGCAUUUCUUCAGCAGCAGCAAAUAACAGCUGAGCAGUUUACGCAACAGGAGCAGUAUUAUCAACAGCUGUUAGAACAGCAGUAUGCGCAUCAACAACAGCUGAUAAUAGAGCAACAACUGACUGUGGAGCUGCAAGAGAAAGCUAAGCCUCUGACAGCUGGUUGUUGUAUGCCUGCAGCCGUUGGAAGAAGUGGUAUUUUGAAGCGUCCUGAUUUGAUACCGAUGCAGAAAUGCUACAUGUGGACCUAGUUAGUACUAGAGAUAUUCAAUUUAUAUUUGAAUU